UGAACCUGUUGAUAACAGGUAUAAUUUUCGUACAUUCUUCGGUAGUCGCGUGUUGCAUCGCAUACGUAUAUUGAGCGUGUGGUGUUUGCCGCGUUUUCCGAACAUAUGUGUAUCGUUCACAUGUUUCCUAACAGUUUAUUGAGUCGCCGUAAUUCGUUGGUUUUAUUAUUGCAAUGGCUAGUGGAGAUUACACUAUGAAUAAGGGAGACGCAAAUGGCAGGGCAACACAAAAAACAACCCAAGAUGUGACGCCGGACAGGGCGAAGUGGGGCCGACCUCUGGAGUUCAUUCUCGCUUGCCUGGGCUACGCCGUUGGCCUCGGAAACGUUUGGAGAUUCCCAUACUUGUCAUAUAAAAACGGCGGAGGUGCUUUCCUUCUUCCAUUUUUCUUGAUGUUGAUUUUCAUCGGUCUGCCAAUCUUCUACUUGGAGCUGUACAUAGGGCAGUACACGGGACUGGGUCCUCUAAAGGCAUUCAGUGCGAUCUCUCCAUUCUUCAGUGGGCUCGGCUACUGCACUUUGGUCGUAAUCAGCAUCAUUUCAAUUUACUAUAUGAUCAUUGUGGCCUGGACGUUGUUCUACACGAUUGUUUCUAUUGGAGGAAACUUGGGCUGGGGAUCUUGUGAUAAUGACUACAAUACUGAUUUUUGUUACAGCGGAGAAUACGAUAGGGUAUGUCGUGAGAACAACACAGAGAACUACACGGACCUGACAUUUUUUAUGAGACAGUGCAUGAGCAUCGGUGAAAUUUGUGAGAGGUCUGGGUUUGAGCCUCUUGAUGACAAAUAUUGUUUAGAUGGAAACGAUCAAGUGCCUUGGUAUUCUAAUAUCACAAGAGUAUUGGCUUCAGAGGAAUAUUAUAACGAGCGUGUAUUGGGUCGCGGCGAUGCGUCCUGGACUAACUGGGGCACUAUACAGUGGCACCUCGUGGGGUGCUUAUUUCUCUCUUGGGUCAUCGCAUUUUUGUGCGUCAUAAAAGGUGUCCAGUCAGCAGGAAAAGUUGUGUACUUUACCGCACUGUUCCCCUACGUGAUGUUGACGGCUCUGCUCAUUCGGGGAGUGACUUUAGAAGGAGCUGUGGACGGAGUUCUAUUUUACUUGACGCCGACUUGGUCAACCUUGCUGGAAGCCAAGGUCUGGGGUGACGCCGCAUCACAAAUAUUCUACUCUUUUGGUGUGGCCUGCGGCUCCCUUGUCACUCUGGCUUCUUACAACAACUUCUAUAACAACUGCCACUUCGAUGCCGUCUUCGUCGCAUUUGCCAACUUCUUGACUUCCAUUUAUGCUGGUUUUGCCAUCUUCUCCGUUCUUGGAUUUCAAGCUCAGCUCAUGGGAGUCAGUGUUGAUGACGUAGCAGAACAGGGUCCUGGCCUGGCAUUCGUGGCAUAUCCAGAAGCUAUACUGCAGAUGCCAGUACCUCAGCUGUGGUCCAUAUUGUUCUUCUUCAUGCUGUUCAUUUUGGGUCUUGGCAGUCAGUUCGCUGGUAUUGAAGCGAUCAACACUGCUAUAGUAGACCAGUGGCCGCAUCUUAGGAAGAACUACUGGAGGGUAACAGCAUUUACGUGUAUGAUGUGCUUCAUAUUGGGGAUCCCGAUGUGCUUCAGCGGAGGCGUCUACUUGUUGACUCUCCUCGAUUGGAACACGGCCUCUUGGGCUAUCCUUCUCAUCGGUAUGGCCGAGUGUGUGGCAGUAUCUUGGAGUUAUGGCAUCAAUCGCGCAAUUAAAGAUUUAGCCACGAUGGGCAUGACCCUAAAUAAGUUUCUUCGAUUCUACUGGAGGGCCGUUUGGACUGUCAUCGUACCAUUUGGUAGUAUUGGUAUUCUAGCUUUCAUAUUUUCGGACUGGACAGCUCCAGCUUACGAAGACUAUGUUUUCCCGUUAUUCGCUGAUUUGCUGGGCUGGGCGGUUGGGCUGUCCACACUGGUAUUAUUCCCUGUAGGAGUUGCCUGGGCUAUCUACCAUGGAUACAGAGGUAAGCAGUUGUUUACUCCAACUCCAGAGUGGGGACCGGCUGUGAAAGCACCUCCAGUAGAAUCAACGCAGCUUGGAGGGCCUCACGACAAUGGGGGCUACGUAAUGUGAACCACUAUAGAACACUGAUGCUAAUCUAGUCAAAAUUAUUAGUUUCAACGCAGAGUUUAUGUGGUCAUUAUUUAUAAACUACAUUUCUCAUCCGCUCAUAAAGUUAAAUUUUGAAUUGGUUCAUUUGAUAGUUCACACCCGACUUGAGAAUCAGUGAUCAUUUGUUUUGUAGUUAAAGAAUCCAAACUAUUUGGAAAAUUAAAUGUGCUGAUUAUUUUCGAAACUCAUAAAGUCUUCGUCAAGGAAAGGUCGGAAUAAGAGUGCAAUCGCGGACUUCCAUUAUGUCCUAUCAUCAUUAUUUAAGAUAGGAGCGGGGGACUUAGAAAUUUGGUGCGUAAGCAAAAAUAAGGGGUGAGCAUUGUGCCGCUACAAAAGAAAGACCGUGAAAGAGUACUAGUAACCGAGGAGGCUGCAGUCACAAAUGACUUCUUAGAAAUAGCCGUAGAGAUUAUUAAACUGCUAAUUCUGUAGACUUCAUUUUCGGGAUAAUUUCGCAAAUUUGUUGUAUUUAUUUUAUCUAAAAAACGAACACAUAAUACACUCUUUUGUUCUGUUUCUUUUCAAGUCUGAUUCUAUUACACAGUUUUGGAAGAUAUGUAUGAAUAAGGUUCGCAAAUAAAAUUAAUUUCUACUAUUUUCUAUUCAAUAUGUUUUUGGGUGUGAAAAAAUGAUACAGUAGCAUAGUUAGCUAUUUACCUUUAUCGUUUUGAUGCGACUGCCGUGUCGUUUUUCCUGUCCUGGCUAUAUAUCAAACAGAGACUCGGCAUCGCGUAUCCUUUCCCAUUCCUACUCUGAAUGCUACCACUGUAUCAAAAAUACCCAGGGAGAAUAAAAGUAAAUACGAAAAAAAAGUAAUUAAAAGUAAUUACGAACAGAAGUAGGCACGUCUGGUUGUCAAUGUGCAUGACCUUUUUUUCCUGCCUAAUUGUUGGUAGCCUAACGGGAUAUUCUAAUUACGCGACUGGUAGGUAAGCUCACGGGUUCAACCUGAGAUAAUUGCUAACACCGAUCCCAGCAAGAAUGCUUCGCUGAAUCUUCAACCGGAUUGGAGUCGCUUUGCAUUGAGAAGAUCCGGCAGGAAACCCAGUGGGCAAUGUGCAUAGCAUAACACAGCUGUGUUUGAUUUUGAGCCGUCAAUUAAAGUUCCCAGCAACUUCAAAACAAAUGGUUUAAAUUUGAAUUGUACGGGGUUAUGGACUUCAUGCUUCAGUGGCGACGCUCGUUUAGCACCGCUGGGAUUACAGUCACAGUUUACCACCGUUCCACAACCAUUUUGCUAUCACAUUGCUAUAGCAAUCAUUUUACUCUCGAUAGCGCUACUAAAGUCACACAGGAUAGUCACACUUGAUAUAGCACUCUUUGUUAUUGCCCUUGUAGGCAGACCCACCUGAUACGGCCCACCUGAUGGUGAGUGGUUACCGUCGCCUAUGGACUUCAGCAAUGCCUGUGGCAGAGCCAAGCAGCUGCCUACCGCUUAAUACUCUCCACAAGCCUCUUUUGAAGAAGGACAUGUCAUAGCGCUCGGAAAACACCCUGGAGGGGAGCUCAUUUCAUAGCCAAGUUUUGCUUAAGAUUUAAGCUUACGGCUCAUUUGACGUUAAGGGGUCUACCGGAGUUCGCUUUGAGUUAUACAUAGAAGUCUCAGUUGUAUUGUAAUAUCGCGAUCUUGCUGUUCAGAUCCGUAUGGAACAAUAUAUUGAUUUAAGACAUUCAUGCGGGUUCAAAAUGUCUACUUUUUCAUUUGAAUGACAGUUUAUUUUGUUACCAAUGUUUUCGUGCAAUUUAGGUUUUUCUUUUGUAAAAAUACUUGUUAUCUUAUUAAUUUCUAGUUCUACGAUAAAACGGUAAUGUAUUAUAAUAUUUAGGUUGUAAUAAUGAAGACUAUUUUAAUUACAUAUUAUUGUAUUGGUUAGUGUUUUUGUUUCAUGAUUGUCGAACUGAAGGACGCAGCUUACUGUGGUCUACGGGCCUAAUGAAGUUGUUCAUGUUUACUGUAUUUGCUUAAUUAUUUAAUUUAUUAAGUUUUUACGCUUAUUGUUAGUAAUUAAAUAAGGUAUUAAUUUAAUAAUACAUUUAAGACGAUUUUCGUUAUGUAAAAUUUUGUAGUAUUUGAAUUAAUAUUAUAUAGUAAUCAAAUAAAUUUA